ACAGACACCUCUCUCUCUCUCUCUCUCUUCUAGUGUCAUUUUCCAAGAUAUACUCUCGAGGAAUUACACAGACACAAAAUCCAUCCCCUCCUUCCUCCUUUCCAUUCAUUUCUGGAAUUCCCCUCUUAUUCUCCUCCUUUCACCACUCCUUUUCCUCUUCUUUUCUCAUUUUUGAACUCUCUCCAACAAUUGUCUCUUCACUACUUUCACACAAAUCUUUUGAUUUUCGAUAAAUGAGAUAGAGAGCCUUCUUGUAUCGAAAACCUAGGUCAUAACAAAAUAUGCCUUUGGAAGGAUUAUUCAUGGAGGCCUCAUCUUCUCCGGAUCUAUCGCUCCAAAUCAGCCCGCCCAACUCAUCGAGAUCCAAGGGCUCAGAGCUCUCGUUGGGGCAGCAGCAGCACCAGCACCAGCAAGAUCAACAGCAGCAAAACCCUUACCUGAAUCAGAUCGACGGCCUCAGGCCCAUCAAGGGCAUCCCGGUCUACCCGAACCGCCCCUUCCCGUUCCUUCCCCUCGAAGGAAAGGAUCCAAAGAUGUGCUUCUACCAAAUGCCUCCUUCUUUCAGUUUGGAUCAUCAUCAUCAUCAUCAGAUGCAGUUCCUCGGACACCCCAGCGCCCCGCCCUCGCUUCCUGGGUACAGGAUUGGGGGCGGGGCCGGGGGAGGGAGGUAUAGUGGGAUUUACAAUGGGACGACUUCUCCGUCUUACCAUCCUCAGCUACACCACCACGAGGCUUCCUCGAUUGUGAGAUCGAGGUUCCUCCCGAGGCUGCCGGCCAAGAGGAGCAUGAGGGCCCCGCGGAUGCGCUGGACGAGCACCCUCCACGCGCGGUUCGUUCAUGCAGUCGAGCUCCUCGGCGGCCAUGAAAGGGCGACGCCGAAGUCGGUGCUUGAGCUGAUGGAUGUGAAGGAUCUCACUCUAGCUCAUGUGAAGAGCCAUUUGCAGAUGUAUCGAACUGUUAAAACCACUGACAGACCUGCAGCUUCCUCAGAUUGCUCCGGCGAGGACGAUCUCUCCACCAUCGGCGGCGGUAGCAGCGACGCGGCCGGGCUUCGCCUUUUCAUGGAUCAACGAGGGCCCGCCUCCGACGAAUCUUCGCCUCGAGAUGGUGACUAUCCUUCCACCACGGCUACUACAUUGUGGAGCAACUCUUCCAGAUGCAGUUAUCUAAAUGUUAUCAAUAAUAGGGAAUGUUGGGCACAAAACAAUAGUGUUGGUGAAUCACAUGGCAUGGUACGAUCAUCCUCCUUUCCAUCUGAUGCAAAUGUUUGUCCUUUGAUAGAGGAGAGUGAAACUUCGUGUCCAAAGAGCUACGAGAUGCCGGGGAACGAAAGUUACAAGAGCCCGAGCCUAGAGUUCACAUUGGGGUUGAACAGACAGAAUUGGGAUGAAAAAUAGCAAAAUUAGGCAGCUUGUUUUUUUAUCUCCAUUUUGAAAUGCAUAUAUAUUGAUCCUUCGACUGAAAUUUGAGAAGGCGAUAUAUUGCGUAUAUGAAGAGCUAGGCAGUAGGAUCGCAGAUCAAGAGGAUGAAGUGAUUCUGGUUUUCUUAGAAUAUUUUAAUUUUCUUUUGUUAAAUAUAUUUUUAGGUUUAUCUAACUUGACAUUCUUCUUUCUUUCCUUUUUUUCCCUCUGGCUGGUUUGGAGGUUGGGUAUAAGAUUAAAAUGCUUAUUUUUGUAUGUUCA